GCGUGCACACGGCUUGGAGCAGGAAGCCUGGCAGUGGGGUGGGAGGCAGUAACUGAGAAGUGGGAUGAGGGGCAGGAGCCUGCCCCCGGGGUCCGCUGUGUUGCCCAGCCUCCUGGAGAAGUGAUGUUUCGGCAGGAAACCAGAAGACUCGAAUGAUGCCUUCUGCUCACCUUUUUACUUCCCUGUACAGGUGCCCCUGAGUGGGAGGCAGCUCCAUCACCUGGAGUUUAGGAUCCUCGUAAAUGGAGUUAAUAUCCCAUAAUUACGCAGAUGAAUUGCACUUAACAGGCUCAUUUAAAGAAAGGCGGUGAAACAGAGUCUCUCUUAAUGGUGUGACCUUUACCAGGCAAGUUAAAUCCCAAAGCCAGCUAGUUUAAGGCGUCUGAAGGGCUCCCGUGGUUUUAUUACUGCAUUGCCCCACUCAUUUAUUUGCAUAGAUCUUUCCACCUUCCAGGGGCACUUGUGGGGUUAUUGAGACCCUCUGAAAGUGAGAAGGCCUAGCAUGACUUCCUCAGCAUUUAUUGGUAAAGUUUAGUCAUCAUUGGCUCAUUCUGAGAAUGGGGUGAAGGGCAGACUGUCAGAGAAAGUGGGACACGUUUAAAAAAUGUCAGACGUAGGAUGAGCAAUUCCUUUCUUGGCUCCUGGUUUCACAAGUUCAUUGUCACUGUGCCCACUGUCUACAGGGAGUGAUAGCCCUGCCCACGCCCUCUGGAUGGACAGUCUCAGGGCCCAGCUAGCAGCCUUAGUGCUUCGCGGACAAGGGCAGCUUGUUUCCCUGGGAGGAGGGACCUGGAUUCUUCCUUCUUCCAACACCGCAGCUGGGCCUGCAAAACCUGCUCCCCCUGCCAGCUGGAAAGUUGGCAUUUGUGGCUGGAAUAUCUUUUUCUUUCAGUGUUGGUUUUGGGGACACAGCAGAAUAAGCUGGUGAGGUGCCACUGAAAAUACUUUUGGGCUAACCCUAAAGCUUUGGAAGAAAAAAGUGACCGUGAUCUUGGUGAUUUGCUUUUGUCCUUCCCUCUGACCAGUUCCCAAACUCACUUUGCAUCGUCAGUUUGGGCUUGACGCUGACCGAAGAAUAAAAGACUGAAAGAGCAGGUUCAAAAGUGCCCAGAAAAGAGAGAAAGUCAGAUCUGAAUAGAAAUAGCCAGUGCUUGAGAGCCUUGGGUCUGCUAUUUUGCUGGGCAUGUCACACCAUCUCAUUUCCCCUCUUAUCUGUCCUGUGAGGUUGGCAUUGCUAGCAGCUGAGGACUCUCAGACUCAAUCAGCCCGAAGUCACACAACUUGGGAGUGACCUUGUUAAAAUUCGAACCCAGAUUCACUCAAAGUCAUUAACCAUGGAGUCAUAAAGGUUUCCAGGAGACAAUAUCAUUGAACCCAACCCUGCAGGGUAUUGGCCAACAUCGUGGUUUUGAGAACGCCUGAGGGCUGGAAGACAGCCGUGAGAGGAGCCCUUUGGGUGGGCAGUCGGAACCUUCUGGUCCAGAGGAGAAGCUGCCCCCUCACCUGGACUUAUGACCCGUGGCUUCGCCCCCAGCCUGCCCGUCGAGUUCCCCAAGAUGGGCUCCUUCCGCAGGCCCAGACCGCGCUUCAUGAGCUCCCCGGCGCUCAGCGACCUGCCCCGCUUCCAGGCAGCCCGCCAGGCUCUGCAGCUGAGUUCCAACUCUGCUUGGAACAGCGUCCAGACUGCCGUGAUCAACGUCUUUAAAGGGGGCGGCUUGCAGAGCAAUGAGCUCUAUGCACUGAAUGAAAACAUCAGGCGGCUGCUGAAGAGUGAACUUGGAUCAUUCAUUACAGACUAUUUCCAGAACCAGCUUCUAGCAAAAGGACUGCUGUUCGUGGAGGAGAAGAUCAAGCUGUGUGAAGGUGAAAAUCGCAUUGAGGUUCUGGCUGAAGUCUGGGACCACUUCUUCACUGAGACUCUCCCCACCCUGCAGGCCAUAUUCUAUCCAGUUCAGGGCCAGGAGCUGACCAUCCGCCAGAUUUCCCUGCUGGGCUUCCGCGACCUGGUGCUGCUGAAGGUGAAGCUGGAGGACUUGCUGCUGCUAGCGCAGCCCCAGCCGCCCUCAUCCAUCGUCCAGAUGUUGCUCAUCCUGCAGAGUGUUCACGAGCCCACAGGCCCCAGUGAGGGUUAUUUGCAGCUGGAGGAGCUGGUGAAGCAGGUGGUUUCUCCUUUCCUUGGCAUCAGCGAGGACCGCGGCCUCUCAGGCCCCACGUACACAUUGGCCAGGCGCCACUCCAGGGUCCGGCCCAAGGUCACGCUGCUGAAUUACGCCUCCCCAGUAACCCCCGUCAGCCGGCCCCUGAACGAGAUGGCCCUGACCCCGCUGACGGAGCAAGAAGGGGAGGCCUACCUGGAGAAGUGUGGCAGCGUGCGGCGACACACGGUGGCCAAUGCCCACUCGGACAUCCAGCUGCUGGCCAUGGCCACCAUGAUGCACUCGGGCCUAGGGGAGGAGCCUGGCGGCGAGGACAAGUGCCUGCUGCUUCAGCCCAGCUUCCCGCCACCCCACCGGCAGUGCUCCAGCGAGCCCAACAUCACCGACGGCCCCGACGAGCCAGAGCAGGGGGCCACGGGCAGCCAGGAGGACUCGGAGCUGAACUGUGCUUCCCUGAGCUGAACCCCCUGUCUCCCAGAACUCCCAGCUCCUGCCUGGUAACCAGGAUGAGGGCAGCUGCAUCCCCAAGGCCCGCUAAGGGGAGCACUUCCUCUGGGCAACGCCACCUUCUGCCUUUUCAGAUACAGGCUAGUCUGAGUGCCCUAGGGGAAAUCUGUCCUAAGCCUCUCCGUUUUCAGGACGGUGAUCACCUUUUUGCAGCCACACAGAUCUAACUGCCCAUUGUCUGCCCUCUGCCUGAUUCAGGCUUGCCUGCUUGACUCAACCCAGAUCUUCCUCUCUGGGCUUUUAUUAUCAGACAGUGGACUGUCUGGUCCUCCUGACUGUAUAUCGCAGCGCCCCUGGCGUUCCUAUAGCUGGAGGUCAUCCAAAUCUCACACAAAGCCAGCAAGGAUGUGUUGGCAUGUGGAGUUCCCCUUGAGUCUUCAUGAUAUAGGGGCUGGUGGGUGAAAAGAGGCAGUAGAGAGAGGUACCUCUUGACUCUUUCGUGUGAGUAAAAGUAGACUGCAGCCCCUCCCAAGCCUGAGCAGGAAUGCAUUUUUCAUUUCAGUUUCAGAAUUACUGGCCAACGAGGGUUCUUCCUCACCUAUACCGAGACCCUUUAUGCUGUCUGGCUUUUGGCCCAGGAGGGCCACACGGCUAGAGGAACCCCAUCUUUAAUUAAGCCUCAGCGUUCCCUUCCCAUGGCUUUCUCCCCAACACAAGAAAUUUACCUUCCCAGUGGAAUAGCUGGUGCCUUCCUCCCUCUUUCAUUUCAGAAACUGACCCCUUUGCUGUCAUGGGGGAGGGGCCAGCUGAUACCAACCAACUAAUCUGUUCCUGGAUUUGACUUGAAUUUUUUUUUUAAUGUACAUCAUUUCAAAAAUAAAACCGCUUGCAAAGA